CUUUCGAGACGUUAAGGCCGACACUCGCGCGGCGCACUUCGGCCGGACGACAUCGGAUCCGCGAACGCGAGAACACAAGAUAUUUUUAUUGAUUUUAAGUGACGUAUCUAUUUAAAACUGUUAUUACAAAUUGAUUCUUUAUUUUCGUUUAUUAAAACAAAUAUUUAUUUAUCAUCUCCUUUUAUUUCCUUUUCUUUUUUAACUUUUUCCUCUUCUUCUUCUUCUUCUUCUUCUUCUUCUUCUUCUUCUUCUUCUUCUUCUUCUUUCUCUUUUCGAUAACUUGUGUAUUAUAAAGUGAGACGAUGUGUGAGUGAGACAGUUUAUUAAAGUCUUUUAUUCUAUAUCUCUUUUUUUUUAUUGGUGUGUGAAAGAAGAGAGAAAAAGAAAGAAAAAGAGAGAGAGAGAGAGAGAGAGAAGAUACCAUCAUCUUCUUCUUCUUUUCCACCUCCAUGCUCUUUUCGUUCAUGCUGAAAGCUUGCACGAGGUGGAAACUCGGCGAUCUUUGACGAGAGAGUUCAGUUGAAAGAAGGAGUUGCCUCGGAGAAGUAAUUAAUUGAGCGCAAAGGAGGAGGGUGGUGGUGUGGAGGUGGCGGUGGAGGAGGUGGCGGCUGUGGUUGGAGAAGGACGAGACUCAUAAAGGACGUCCUUCCACAUAGGAACCACGAAGAUAAGGAUGGGGUUUUACGUCAUCUUUAUAUGUCUUUUGGGAGUAGCAGUUAGUGACAACAGUACGAUCGACGACGAUCAUUCGGCGAUCGAGGACGGAGUAUCAGAGAUCGCGAACGUCGCCAACAAUCUCGACGUAGAUAACGUCGAACAGAUUUUCUUGCUUUCUCUGUUACAGACAAUUACAUGGGGAGAAUGGUCGCCAUGGUCGAAAUGGACGCAGUGUUCCAAAAGUUGCGGCGGUGGAAUAUCGAAGCAACAACGGCGAUGCAGACGAAAACCAUGCAAGGGAAGACCUUGGAGUACAAAAUACAAAGUCUGCAAUCCUCAGCCAUGCGAAAAGCCAAGUGAUUUUCGUGCGGAACAAUGCGCGGCAUUCGAUGAUGUACCGUACAGUGGACAAUUGUUAAAAUGGUAUCCACAUUACGAUCCAGCACGGCCCUGUUCUUUGAUCUGUCGUGGGGAGCAAUCGCUUGGGAAUAAUGUCGGUCGAUUGCAACAGCAACAGCAACAGCAACAGCAACAGCAGCAACAGCAGCAACAUCAACAUCAGCACCAAUACCAACAACAACAGGAGCUAGGGUCAAACGAGAAGAUGACACUUACUAGCGAUGCCCAAGAUGCUCUACAAUUUGAUUCCGAUGAGACAAUAGUUGUCCAGUUAGCCGACAAAGUUGAGGAUGGCACGAGAUGUUAUCUCGAUGGCCGUGACGUCUGUAUUAACGGCGAAUGCAUGAAAGUGGGCUGCGAUUUGCGAGUCGGAAGUAGCAAGAACACGGAUGCGUGCGGAGUUUGUGGCGGAAAUGGAUCGAGCUGUCAAUCGAAAUACUCUUGGAACUUGGAACCGAUAUCCGCUUGCUCCAAGUCCUGCGGCGGAGGUUUUAAAAUAGCAAUGCCAGUUUGUAAAGCAGUAGGAACGGACGAUCGUGUUGUCAACGACAGCCAUUGCAAGAACGAUGAAAGACCUGAGAAGACUCUCGUGCCAUGCAACACGCAUCCCUGCACGACAAAAUGGAUAAGCGGAGAAUGGAGCAAGUGCAGCGCAAGUUGCGGUGGCGGAUCGAGAACCAGAGCUGUCUUUUGUACCGAAGAAAAUGGCAACGAAACUACGAAGUUGCCAGAGCAUAAAUGCAGUGUCACGCACAAACCACGAGUACAGGAGACCUGUAACAUUAUCUCUUGUCCAAUGUGGGAGGCCGAUCAAUGGAGCGAGUGUUCAGCGUCCUGCGGUACCGGUGUAAGAAGGAGAAGCAUCGAGUGUAGAGAUGGAAACGGUCUGAUCUCGACCGGAUGCGAUCCCUUGGAACGACCACGUGCCGAACAGGAAUGUAAAGCUAACGUAGCAUGUAGCAUGUAUGGCGAGGAUCUAACGCAACCAUUGAUGCAACCUUAUCCACCACCACCGGUGCCGGAAAAAUUAAUCGAUCAACCUAUACCAUCGGAAUCGACAUUCAUAGCGGAGGAAUGGUCACCGUGCAGCGUUACUUGCGGAGAUGGAAUACGCCGUAGGGAAGUCCAUUGCAAGAUAUUUCUCGAAUUUAGCCGUACGAUCGCCAAGUUACCAGACAGACAAUGUUCCGGUCCAAAACCAGAGGAGACGGAGAAGUGCGUCAUGGAGCCUUGCGGUUUGAUUGAGAAUAGUCUGUCGUAUAGAAUCGACACGGUUGGGGAUAGCGGAUAUGCCGAGUCCAGUUUGACGGAUUCCUACAAAUCAUCGAGUAGUUCAGGAGGUGUUGGAACUGGUCUGGCAGCCGGUAGUGCCGGUGGUUACGAAAGUGGUAUCAAAGUGGCACCAGGAAGAAACGUCCAAACCACUUACUCAUGGAAGGAAGCUGGUUAUACGCCUUGUAGCGCUACAUGUUUAGGAGGCGUACAAGAAUUGAUAAUAUACUGCGUACGCGACGAUACUGGUAAAACCGUGACCCCGCUUCUCUGCAGCACCGAAACUAAACCAGAAGCAAGAAUCAGAACUUGCAACGAUCAUCCCUGUCCACCUAGGUGGAGAUAUAGCGAGUUCUUACCCUGCAUGAGCCCCUGCGGUAUUGGCAUUCAGACUCGCGAUGUCACAUGCAUACACGAGGUGACACGAGGAAUCGGUAAUACCGUGACGGUACCAAACCAUAUGUGCCCGCAGCCACCACCAGCAGACAGACAAUACUGUAACGUGUUGGAUUGUCCAGUCAAGUGGAGCGCUGGAGAAUGGGGAGAGUGUUCCAAAAGUUGCGGAGGCGGGGUAAAGAGACGUAACGUGACCUGCGAACAAAUAAUGGCACUGGGUCGCAAACAGAGAAGGGAAGAAAAUAAAUGCCCGCCGCAAAAGCCAUCCUCCGAAAAACCAUGUAACACCAAGCCGUGUCAUGAGAUGGACAUGAACGUGCAGCCAAUCAUUCUUAGUCAGAAUUCGUCGUACAAUCAAUCGGACUUAAAUGAGAAAGUCGAUUUAAAGAUUGGCGGUAUAGCUAGGGUUUUUCAAGGGACGCCUUUUAUCAAAAUUCGAUGUCCAGUUAAAAAAUUCGAUAAAGCGCAAAUUAUAUGGACGAAGGAUGGUAAAGAAUUACGUAGAACGAGAAAAUAUAAAAUCAACAAAAAGGGAGCUCUAAAGAUUAUGGACAUAAGUACGUCCGACGAUGGAGUUUACGCUUGCGUCGCAUCGCUUUCGCACGCGGAAACACGUAUUAUCGUGAAAUUACGCUCGAAAGAACAGAUAAGCAGUGAGGAAUAUCUUAGGCUUGGUAAUUCCGUGCAUCUUCAAAGAAAUGCCAAUCUUGAUUCAGCACCAGCCAAUUCCGGUGAGAACCUUUACACCGAUCGUGCAGCCGCCUAUGGUAAUCACUUUGCUCCUUUCGAUGGAGAAGACCUCAGCCACGAACGAGCGGUUCCGAGUAAACCAACGAGAAAACCACAACACAAAAGGCAAAGGACCAGUCCAACUCCACCGGAUUCUACUAUGAUGCACAAAGAGAAUACUGCCACCUCUUUUAAUCAGCCCGGAUAUCACGAAUCCGUAGAAUCAACGGCAACGUCCGGUGCAACUAGUCUGAUGCCUCACCUCAGUUAUUUAAUUUCGAGCAUAAAGGCCUACUGGCCAUUUCAAAGUAAUACAGGUUCUAGCAGAAGUCAUAGAACGGCACCUGUUUCUUUCAUCGACGAUACCCACAAAGAAGUUUCUAUGGCAACGAAACGUACUAUGCCCGACAAAAAGACUGGCAUGAGAUAUCAUAAAGUCGAAGAAGACGACUUUGAGGAUCUAUUAUAUCGCAACACAGCCAUUCCCGAUGAUGUAUUUGGUCCAGACGAAGAAAGGAUAUUCAUUGACGUAGAUCCUUAUGAUCUAGAUGCAGCGAUAUUUGGUAUAAGGCAUGAAGAUAAUAAUAAACGAACGACCAAUGAUCUAUCAGAUAAAAAAGAUUUUACAACGGUCACAAAGGCGAACGUUGAUUAUGUCGAGGAAUCAUUGAAAAAUGUUAAAAGACAUCGGCAAGAUUCGCGGGAUCUUUCGAAAAAUCAUAAAAACGAUACUGUCAAUGAUUAUUCCGAGGAGACAAUAAAUUCCGCAGAAUCUUCAGAAAAUGUUGGAUUAGAGGUUUAUUAUAUUCAAGAUUCUACCACGAAAAAUGUCACUUCUUCGUUGGCGACGAACGAAAAAUCACUUUUCGACGAUAUUCCCGAUGAUAAUACAUCGGUACGUACAUUAAUCUCAUCGACUAAUCUCAAUGAUACCGAACUUUCAACGAAAAUCUUCAAUGUGGAAAACAAUGAGAAAUCCUUUACUGUCGAUAAAUCAAACACGAAUGACGAUUCGAUUUAUAUAGACGAAUUGGAAAAACGUAGAGCCAAUGAUCCCGACGAAGAUCAUAUUAUUUCGUCGUCGACAAAACUUUUAGAAAUUGAAGAAGGUGAAAGUUCAACGAUAAUGGACGAAACAACGUCAUCUAGCAAUGAACAAAUUGCAUUAGAAUCGACCGAACAAGUUACAAAAGAAUUGUUAUCUCAUAGGCAUGAUCGAGCUUAUUCGAGAGAUAAUUCAAAGGAGACCUCGAUGGAUACGUUUACGACAUCUAGUAGUAUGGAAAAAACUGAAUCAAUAAUCGGCUCGAUUGGUGCUCUUGACAAUACAGAAGACUUAAUUUUUGAAUGGGUUACGACAAAUUGGUCCGACUGUUCGCAAACUUGCGGUGGUAGUGGUUUCCAGAUGCGUGGAGCACAAUGUACGAUGCGUGCAAUUAAAUCGGCAAAUUCGAGUCGUGUACCGUUAAGGACAAUAAUAAGUGCUAGUUUGUGCGAAGGUGCUGGACAUCCGAUGCCACAAAAAGUAAGACCAUGCGGAAUCGAAAGAUGUCCUCAAUGGCAUACGACCGAAUGGACAAUCUGUGAAUCGUCGAGAUGUUUCAAUUGGAAAACGGCAAUGCAAAGGCGUGAUAUUAGUUGUCGAUUGAUCGAGGAAUUAGAGGAUGGUCGUGAAAACGUCACUCAAUUAGAUCCGAAUAAAUGUGACGAAACAACUAGACCACUCCAAAGGCAAGAAUGUUAUAACGAUGCUUGUAAAGGUGUAUGGAGAGUAGGCGAGUGGUCUGAGUGUACGGCAUCUUGCGAAGAGGAUGGUAUAAAAUAUAGGAUAUUACAAUGCGUAUGGUAUGGCACAAAAAAGCCAGCUGGUAAUGCGUGCAGAGAUAUACCAAGACCACCGGUAAUGAAAACGUGCAGGGGUCCAACCUGUCCUCAAUCACCAGACGACUGCAAAGAUCACUCACCUAUAUGCAACAGAAUGAAAUUUAUGAAUAUAUGCAAAGUGCCGCUCUAUCAAAAGCAGUGCUGUGCGUCUUGUCGUUAGUUGGAACGAAAAAAAAAAAAAGGAAAAACAAAAAAAAACAAUAAAAAGAAAAACAAAAACAGAACAAAAAAAUGAAGAAGAAAAAAAGAAGGAAAAAAUGUGCGAUCGUAUGUAAAGUGAACGAAAGAAAAAAAAGAAAAUAGCAGGCGAUCACGGUAUUUUAAAUAUCACGAAGAUGAAGAGGAUCGAUAGAUCGAGAAGCAUAUAAUCAUCUUAUAAAACGUGAUGAUCUUCGCCGUAGAGUUCGCGGUGAUAAUUGUCGAUCGCUAUCGUUAGGACAAAUUAUAAUGCCCGUUAGAGAAAGAUCACGAAAAGGACUUCGCAAUUAUAUCCGUGAUAGGAGAAACAAUUUUAAAUGAUAAAACGAUAACGAAGCACCUUUUCGUUGAUGUUGAUUCGAUAGUAUUACGAUGUAACAUUCACGAUUAAGUAUUCUGAAUGCAAGUAUCGACCAAGUUAUUUCAUUUUGUGAUUAUGUUUCUUAUCUCGUAGCAUAUUAAAAUACGUCAAAGGAAUAUAAACGCGCCGAGUCUCAUGAGUCCGUUAUGAGGAUAUUAUAUUAGUUUCGAGAGAGAGAGAGAGAGAGAGAGAGAGAAAGGAUAAAAAUAAAACAACAAAACGUUAAAAAAAAAAUAAUAAUAAUAAAGAAGAAAAAAAGAAAGAAAAAGAAGAAGGAAAAAGGAAGAACGGAGAGAGAGAGAGAGAGAGAGAGAGACCGACAGAUACAAAGACACCACAUGCAAAAGAGCUGAAAAUCCUCGUUUCGUCCUAAUUAAGCUAUAAUUUGUUGAGCCACGUGUAAGUACGUUACGUGUACAGUUUGGCGCGAAUCCUAAUCGCGCAUACUCUUGUGCCCUAGAAAAAAAAAAAAAAAAAAAAAAAAGAGAAAAGAAGAAAGAAAUGGAAACGUGGAAUUCGUCCAAAAAAGUUGAAGGUAUAUCUAUAUUGUUAAAGUUCAAUGAGAGAAAGGAAAAGAGAGAGAGAGAGAGAGGGAAAGAGGGAGAGAAAGAAACAUGAAAUGACAAAAAGUUUCAUUAACGCGUUCAAAACGGAGAUGAUUAUUAGCGAGCUACGCGAUUGAUAAGUAUGUUAUUAAAAGUUUGUCAAUGUUGAUAUUUGAAUCGCACGGCUUUAAUAAAUGGAAAUAAUAAUUUUUAAUAAGUGAAAGGUCAAAUCGAUGAUAUAACAGAAAAAGAAACUACGUAUAUUAAGUGCCCUCCUUCCCCUUUUUAUCCUCCCAAUGAAGAAAAAAAAAAAGGUCGGCGGCGCAACAAGGACACGUUCUUAACGGGUUUAUUUUUUUACAAUUUUCUUAACAAGCACAAUCAAAGCCAUUAAUUUCGAAAGGAGGAAGGUGAAUAACCAAAAAGAGAGAAAAAAAAAACAAAGAAAAUAAAAAACAGAAAAAAAGAAAACACAUGAAUGAAACAAAACGAUACGAAACGUAACGACAUGAAAUGAAAUAAAGCGGGAUAAUAAAAUAUAUAAAAAAUAAACACGAAAAAAAUCAUUUCUUAAGACUGAGACGCUAUUUCGACUAUUUCGAGAAAAUAAUUUAUUAUUAAUCGAACAUAAGCACCGAGAUAUAUAUAUAUAUAUAUACUUCCUUUUUAUUUUUCUCUGUGCCCUUCAAAGAAUCCUUGCGAUUACAUUCCGCCUAGCGCCCAUAGUUUCAUUGCCUCUUUUUUAUUUUUUCCUUUCAUUUCUUAUUUUCUUUUUUUUUUUUUUCUUUUUCGUUUUCUUUUUCUUUUUCAUUUUUAUUUACGCUAUACAUAUAUAAAUACAUAUAUGAAUAUACGAAAAGAGGACGAAGAAAAAGAAGAAAAUGAAAAAGAAAGGAAAAUUAAAAAAAAAAAAAAAUAUAUAUAUAUAUGUAUUAAAUAUUUGUUGCCACGUUACCUCUAAGUUAGCAAAAAAAGUUUCAUAUGAAAUGAUAAUAUGUAUAUAUAUAUAUAUAAAAAUACAUAUAUAUAUAUAUAUAUAUAUAUAUAUAUAUACAUAUACAUAUAUAUUAAAUAUAAAGUUAACUAACAACGUAAGUUACAGAUAAAUUAUUAUGCGCCUAUAAGCGUCCUGUGAGGCGAACAUAAGCCAAUAGAUUCUAAGCAAUAAAACGUAUAGGUAUAAUAAGUAAUAUAAUAUUUUGUUAAAAACCUCUGGCGAAAAUUCGUUGACAUGAACAUUCUAUCGUUAGUCCAAUCGCCCGAAUUUACUUAUGUGCCUCUAAACGCGUAAUCGCAGAACCAAUCGUCUUGCUGUUUACAGUUUGAAGAGAGAAUAUCAUUCUCGAUAUUUAGUGUCGCACCACAUCUUUCGGAUUAGAAGGCCCCCCCUCCCCUUUUAAAAUAUACCAGGACGAUAUAUAUAUAUAUAUACUAUUUCAAAUAUUAUUAAUAAUAAUAGUAAUAACAAGUAAAUAAAUAAAUAAAUAAAAAGUUCGGACAACACCAACAAAAUAAAUAUAAAAAAGAUUUUUUUCAAAUUACAUAUUAUAUAUAUAUAUAUAUAUAUAUAUAUAUAUAUAUAUCGUUCGAUCGUCGAGUCGCUUGUGCGCUUUCAUUUUUUUCCCGAAUGUUAUAAGCACGGCAAAAUAAAUAAAAAAGAAAAAAAAGAAAAAA